UAAAUAAGCAAAUACACCAUAAACCAAAAAAUUUUCUUGAAAAGUGUCCGCCGUUUCAUUUGAUGAACUUCAAUAAAAGGAAAUAAAAAUAUCCCGCGGCUACGUAGUGAGUGAGUGAUUGCAUUGCAUUGCUGUUGAAGACAGCCGCAUAGACCGCAUACAUACAUACGUACAUAUGUGCAUGCAAGCGUAGGAUUUUUCCCCCAGCAAGUGACUGAGUGAUUUAUUAGUCAACGGCUGUCAGACGCUCCAGGAGUACUUGCACUUGUACACAAAUAAAAAAAUAUCUCCUCGACAAAUUCAUCAGUGCCAAAUCCAUAAUGCACGAUUAUACGCCAUUACUAGGCGGCAGCCAGCGCGCUGUGGACGAUGGUAAAUGCAGUAAAACGGGUAGCCGCAAGGAGAAAUAUGCGCUGCGUGAGCGCCAAAAGCGGCGGCUUGGUUUGGCGAGUGUGGUCGAAAUGCCGAAACGUUCAAACCACAGAGAUGAUAUGGAAACGGCCACAGGACAGCAGCGUACAGCAAGCAGCACAGCUUCCAAAUCGAAAGCGCCGCCGCUCAGCAAAUAUCGACGGAAAACCGCCAAUGCGCGCGAACGCACACGCAUGCGUGAAAUCAAUACCGCAUUCGAGAAUUUGCGGCAUUGUGUGCCGCCGAGCAUAGCAGUCGAAGAGGCAGGACCGACCAAUGAGAAACUAACGAAAAUCACAACAUUGCGUUUAGCCAUGAAGUAUAUCGGUUUGCUAACAGAGGUGCUGCACAAUCCCGACUUUAAAGGUGAAUUGCCGUUCGACUUUUUAUGUGCCAAUGAGGAGGCAGUGAUAAAUCAACCCACGACCGUAAAGCCAACUAUGAAAAUGGAGCCCGAAAUUGCUGUUACAGCAUCAAAGAGCAACAAGGCAGCAAAUAAAGCGACAGCAGCUCACAAAACGAAAAAUGCUGCGCUGCCGAAGGCGCCAAAACGUUUGGGCAAGCGUAAAAAGAAAGAUGUGAAAUCCGCACCUGCCACACAGCCCAGUAAACGUAAUACAAAGUCGGCGCAGUGUCGUAGGCCAACACAAUCAAGCCAUACAUCCUCGUCCAUCUCCACCUCAUCAUUUGUUACCUGCAGUGGCGAUUCACUCUCAUCACACUCAUCGAGCUUCCUCGAUAGCAUAACCAGUCCGAGUUAUUCCAAUAGUUUUGUGCCUGCUAUGGCCGAACUUAAUAGUCUAACGCUCGAAUCAGAUGGCGAGUCGCUGCAUCUUUCGGAUCCCUGCAACAGUCCUUUGCAAGAUAAAUACGAUAGGCUCUUUGGUACUGGCGCUUUGAAUACCCGCACGUCGGCGGAACAAACAAUUUUAGGUGAUAUCGAUACGCCGCUAGAGCUGAGCUUACAGUUCCUUGGCACAACACCUGGUUCACUGGACUUCUCUAUGGAGCAGCCACCGACGACAUGCAUUAGUCCGCUUGUGGCUUUGGACUCAUUCAAUCCAUUUAGCGAUUUUCUGCAUGAAUAUCCAGAACAAGCAUCAUUAGACUUAUUUCUGACAUAACACCACCGAAAUCGGUGUAAACUAUAUCCCAUCUUUUACUAGUAUCUAACUUAGUUUGAAUUUGCUUCUCUUGCUCGUGUGAGCUUUAUCACUAUCAUUUCACGUGGCCAUCACUAGUAUUUCACAUUAUUUCUCUUCUCUUUAAUUUAAUACUCGUUAAUUAUGUUAAUUAAAAAAAUAAACAUACAUAUAAAUAUAUAUAUGAUGCAUUUAAUCGAACUGUACUGAGGGAAUGCGUGUUAAACUUACAUACUUACUCGAAUAACAAAUGAUCUGUAAUAAUGCAUUACUCUUACGUCCCUAUUUUAUGGAGUUGACUGUACUUUUUAACAAUUUUUUUUAAUUUUUUAUGCUUUGUAAGAAAUUAAGCUAACACUUUGAGAUUGUUUUUAUAUAACUAGGAACGAGUUUUUUAUUGUAAACAUUUUUCUAUGAAAAUAUUUAUUUUUUAUUAUUAACAA